AAACUUUGAGCUCAGUGACUCGACGCGCGCUAUCCGCUUCACCUCUCAUCUUGCAAAUCUUGGCACUAACGAUAUUACGACGUCUGCGCUGCUCCAUCGUUCCUGCAUCUAUCCGUCUGCGAAAAGUCCGCGGUACUGUUUGAAAAAGUUUGACAUUUAUAGGCGGGAGCUUCGCCGGGAAACCCGGCAGUGUUGAUCCGAGCCAUCUCGCGGCUUUUUCCUCAGUCGCGUAAAAACCUUUCCGUACCCUCGGUCAGUAUCAGUCUCAUUAUUUUGCGGCCAAUUUGGCUAUCCGGAGGCAAAGAGAUCAAGAGAAACUUUGAAGAAGGAGAAAUAUCAAUCGAAGUACACAAUGAACGAAGCGAGCGAGAUACAACCGUUUUACCGAGGGAAAACAAUAUUUAUAACCGGUGGUUCCGGCCUCAUGGGCAAAGUCCUCGUCGAGAAGCUUCUUUAUAGCUGCAGCGACCUCGACAAGAUUUAUCUUUUGAUCCGACCAAAACGUGGACGAACGCCGGACAUUCGCGUCGAUGACAUGUUCAAAUUGCCCAUGUUCAACAGAAUUCGUAAGGAGAAACCGGCGGUAAUGAAAAAGUUGAUCGCGGUCCAGGGAGACGUGUCUCUCGAGAAUUUAGGUAUUUCGAAGGAGCAGCGAGAGUAUCUCGUCGCGGAGGUCAACAUAGUUUUUCAUUGCGCCGCGACCCUCAAGCUCGAAGCGAAGCUCAAAGAUGCCAUCGAGAUGAACACGAUUGGAACAGCUUCGAUGCUGGAACUCGCAAAAAGCAUGAAAAAUCUCGAGGUCUUUGUUCAUCUGAGCACGGCCUUCUGUCACGUCGAUCAGGAAGAACUUGGGGAACGCGUUUAUGACGCGCCCGACGAUCCUCACGAUGUAAUGAGAUUAGUCAAGUGGAUGGACGAGGGCGCCAUUGACCUCAUUACGCCAAAACUGUUGGAGCCUCAUCCCAACACGUACACCUAUUCGAAAAGACUGGCCGAAACUCUGGUGGCCAACGAACAUCCGAACCUGCCGUGCGUCAUCGCACGACCCUCGAUCGUUAUACCAGCCUGGCAAGAGCCGGUGCCCGGUUGGGUAGAUAAUCUCAACGGGCCCGUGGGCCUCAUCGUCGCUGCUGGUAAAGGGGUCCUACGUUCGAUGAACUGCAACGCCAAUUAUCACGCGGAGGUUAUACCAGUUGACCUUGCGAUUAAUGCUCUCAUCUCCAUCGCUCACAAAACUGCCUCAACGAAAAUGAAGUCAAACAAAAUCCCAGUUUACAACAUAACGCAGAGCGGGGUUCUGCCCAUAACGUGGGGUCAAGUAUUGGAGAAGGGAAAAAAAGUCGCCUACGAAUAUCCAUUCGAGGGUGCGAUAUGGUUCCCGGACGGUGACAUUCGAGCCAACAAAUUUAUCCAUCAACUAUUCGUCAUAUUUUUCCACAUACUACCGGCCUAUUUCAUCGAUUUCCUCAUGCUCAUUUUUCGCCAGAAACGAUUCAUGGUUCGUAUACAAAAACGAAUAUCGGACGGACUGGAGGUCUUGCAGUACUUCACGACACGCGAAUGGAUCUUUCACAACACGAAUUUGUUGAUACUCUGGGGGGAAAUGAGCCCGGUCGACAAACGACUUUUCCCCAUUGAUUUUCUCCAGAUCGACAUUAUGAAUUAUCUCAAGGACGUUAUACUCGGAGCACGACAAUACUGCAUGAAGGAGAGUUUGGAAACGUUGCCGAAAGCUCGAUUUCAUCAUAGAAUUCUCUACAUCGUUCAUCUGACGGCCGUUUACUCCUUUUACUUCGGCAUUUUGUAUUUCGUUUACAAGCACUUUGAGACCGCCCGUUACUGUUUGGACAUGGUGAGCGACGGAUUGAAGACACUGCCAAUCGUUGGGAGCGUGCUGAACAAGGUUCACUUAUAAGGCGUCUCUCGUAUUCCCGGUGGGGACCGGUCGUCAUUAGUUUUAACGAGGAACAAUUGCGACUUGUAUUGGACGAUAAUUUUCCUGGGUGAGGUUCCACGAGGUGUAAAAUGCAAAAGUUUUAAUGAUAAGAAAAUUUCUCAAUUUCGGAGUCACAGGGCAACGCUUUAAAUGGAUUCUAAAUUAUCAUUGGGAAUAAGCAGGAGGGACACGAUGACGUGUCCACAGAUAUCGACUGAAUUUACACUGGUGCACGAUUAAAAUAACUAAAAUUCCAUAAACGAAGUGUCAAAUAUCCGAUUCUGGACGGUUAAACUCGAUUCUUUACUUCCCAACGAAAAAAUCUCUGUAUCUUCGUGACCGUUGACGAAUAAAUUAUGUACAAUAAAUAAA